GGACAGUGUUAUCGAAUGUGUUCCUGUUUUUGUUUAAGAGUUGGUCAAUUGUACAUGAGAGAAAAUGUAUUAGAGUAAAAUUUAUCGUUGGUGAGAUGGUGUUAAUAGAAUAGACGUUUAGAGAGGUCGUUUUGAAGAAAACCGGCAGGAAAAUAAAUAUGUUUGCAAAACUGAAGAAGAAAAUAGAAGAGCAAGGGGGGAAUGUUCCUGAUGCUGAGAAGCUAAAUGCCAGUGGAAAUGCUUCAACGCCUAGGAAAGGGAUCAGUUCUCUUCAGACUCUAUUUGGGGAGGAGUCAGCUGACAUACCACCACAGUCUCCCGUGACACAAGAGGAGAAUCCUGAAACAGUUGGAACUAAAGAGGAAGUAAUGAAUUUACUGGUCAGGAGAACAGAGCAGUGCAAAAAGCUUGAAAGUAAAAUAAGUGAAUAUGCAUCAGUAAUCAAGGAGAAAAACAAAAUGAUUGAGAAGUUGGAAACCAGUCUUGAGAAGCAACAGGAAGCUACAGACAAGAAGAUACAGGAACAGAAUGAGCAGUAUCAGCUGAGUCGUGCCAAGCUGUCAGAGGGCUUCACAUUGGCUCUACAGAAGAAGGAUGAGGAAAAGCAAACUCUGAUUGACAGGGUAAAACAACUAGAGGAUGAGAAAACCAAACAAUUUGAGCGAGAGGAAGAGACCGAUGAAUUACAGGGCCUGGCUGCUCAGGAGAUGGCCAAAGUUAAACACCUGCUGUUAAAUACUCAAGAAGAGUUGACAAAAGUGAAGGCAGAACUCCAGGAAAAGUCAACCAAGUUACUGUCUGCAGAAAAGAUGAGUGAAAAGUGUGAGCAGGAGCUAAAAGCAGCCCAGAAUAAACUGCAGGAACUACAGCAAACAUGUGAAAUGUUAACAGAGGAGAAUUCAUCCCACACUCAGCUGGUGGGAAGUCUAACUACGGAGAAAGAGUCCCUAGAAAAGAAGAUAGAUGUAUUAACAGGUCAAUUAACAGAGAAAACCUCACAAAUCUCCUCUUUAGAAGAAGCUAAGACAGAGUUGGAAAAUCAGCAUCAAGGGAUGAUAAGAAAUUUUGACCUCCACAAAAAUAAGACUACUAAGCUCCUUGAAGAGAAGGAUGAUCAUAUUGAAAAGUUACAGGAGAGGAUCCAAAUGUUAGAACAAAGAUUUCAGGACCAGAACCUUGAAGGAGAUGAUAAAACAAGGGCAAUGGAAAAUGAGAGGAGAACACUGGAGCAGAGAUUGGAGGAGAGUCGCCAGCAACUGACUGAGAUCAAGUCCAGCUGGAGUGAUAAGAUAUCUCACCUGGAGGAGCAGAUCUCACAUCUCAAUCAGAAGAUCAUUGAGGACAGUGAGGAGCUGGCACAGAGCCAGAAACUCACUGAAACAGUUCGCGAAACUUUUACAGCACAGAUUAAACAACUUCAAAAUAAACUUGAUGAUGCUGAGAAAAGAGUGGAGGAAAAUUGGCAAUUGGCCAAUAAGAAGGAUCAACUUUUUGCAAAGGAGAGAGCAGAAUUGGAAAAUGAGCUUCAGAAAGUGAAAUUUGAGAAGAUUGAUGUUGAAAAUAAUUUACGAGCAAAAAUUGAUUCUCUGGAGUCUCAGAUUCUAAGCCUAGAAGAAGCAAAAGAGCAUGAGAAGGAUAAUUCAGAAAGGAAAAUGUCCCAGUGUGAGAGUCAGCUACAGGACUACAUGGAUAAACUGAUUCACCUAGAAAAGAAAAUGGAAGCGGUUGAGGAAGAGAAAAACAAACACAUGAAUGAAGUCUUAUCACUGACAAGUGAAUUAAAGACUUUGAAAGGUCAGCUGGAACAUGAGAAAAAAAUGCAUCAAGAAUCUCAAGAAAAGAUUAAGGAACAAGAGACAUUGAUAAUGUCUAUGAAAACUGAAAUGUCUGACUCAAAGAAAUCCACAAAGGAAAGGGAAAAAGAAUUUUCAUCAUGUAGUAAAGAGAAAGAUGAAUUAUGCCUUCGCAAUGCUGAACUUUCACAAGAACUGAUGAAAGUCAAGAAAGAUUUAGAAACACAGAUUCAGCAAUUACAUAGUGAUAACUGUGAAAAGGACACUGAAAAGCAGCAGCUACUACAGAAAAUCGAAACUUCAGAAAGUAAAAUUAGUGAACUAGUCACAAAACUUCAGGAAUAUGAAACACUCCAGGAGCAGCAAUCCAGUCACAAUAGUCAAAUUACAGAACUAGAACAACAAGUGACAGACUUACAAGACCAAGUGGCUGACAAAAACAAAGCAUUGAAAAAACAGGAACAGAGGCUUAGUGAUUUAAAAAAGACAUUACAGAGAGAGUUAAAGGUCCAGGCUCUACCUAACGAUCAGCCAAUGAACUUAAGGUCGCAAUCACCAUUACGGGAUCAGAGUGGUGUGACAAGUCAGGUUCCGCAAAGUCAUCAACAGCAUUUAGACGGUUAUCAUAAUGGAGGUGCAAGGGGCAGGACCCCACCUUCACCAAAUUAUGCCAGUGUUGUUCCUUCAGGAGAGACAAAUUUGUCUCCCAAUUCACCAGCAGUUUUACAUGACAUUAGCAGUGUUCAGCACUUAACACAAUCUCAGGACAGGGUUAAACGUUUACAAGACAGCAUUGAAGGGAGGGGUAAUAUUCUCAAUAGUGCUGCUAAUAUGAACUCUUUGGAGAAGGAUAUCAAUUUCCAAUAUCUUAAGCAUGUUGUGAUGAAGUUUAUGCUGAGUCGAGAGGCAGAGGCCAUUCAGCUAAUAAGAGCAGUUUCAGUUCUGCUGAAGUUUAGUGCUGAAGAACAAAAACUUAUACGAGAGACAUUAGAGUGGAAGAUGUCUUGGUUUGGCAGUAAGCCUGCUAGUGGCGCUGGACAGAGGGCCAAAUUUAUACCACCUUCUUUCUAGCUAUUUUUAAAUGGUGUUUUAUGCAUAUUUAAAGAAAUACUUCAAUCCAAUAUCAGUUUUGCAUAAAGAAAUUAUCUCUCAAAAUAGAAUAUCUUGUUGAUUUGAACAUAUUUUAUUGUAAUUUAUAAUUACAAAGGGAUUGUGCACGAGUUCUGAAACUUAUUAUCUGUUAUUAACUUAGUGACAAGAUGACCUUAGAAAAUUCAUCAUCAUAUGCUUGUUCAUAUAAUUUGAUGGUGCUCUUGUCUUCAAUUUGAGAGAGCAUAGCUAAAAAAUUGAAAUUAAGGAGUUUACAAAGUAUAAAAACUUUCUAUACUUUAAAAAUGCACAAUUUGAAGCCUAGAAAUCUAUUGCUCAUAUGCAAUCAUGCUGUCGUACACAACACAGAAUUAUUUAUUCAUGUACUGGAUAAUAAUAAAUUAUUAUCUUUUAAA